UUUAAACACCGGUUUUCGACAUACUUACCGUGAAUAAACCAACGAUUCUAAAGAACAGGUUUCUUAUCGUGAAGAGCGAACUUCAUUCGAAAAUUAAUAACGCGUUACGCUGUUUUGCUCGUUUAUUUCUCCCUUUUUUCUUUCUUUUUUUUUCUCCUCUUCCGAAAUCGAGACGAAAUUUUUAUUUUCAAAGAAACGAUAAGAUAGUUGAUUUGAAAAAAAAAAUUAAAAUUAAAAUUCUCGAAAAAGAAGCUUACCCGAAGGAGUUGUUUAUUUCCUUGUUUUUUCUUUUUUUUUUUUUUAUUUCAAUCAGAAAAUACAGGAAAAAAUACGCGUAAAGUAGAUCGGUUCUUCGAACGGUUAAAACGAUGUUAUCAGCUGUUCGCCGUUAUUGAUCGCGAAAGCCAGCCUCGAAUCUUUUUCGGACACGCUGUAAUAUCAUACACUUUCGAUAUCAUCGUUGGUAAAUAAGCUUCGAUAGCUAUAAUAUUUAUAUAUAGAAAUAGUUAAAAAAACGUACGUCGUUUGAUUUCUUCGUUCGAAUUUUUUUCUUCUUCUUUUUCUUUAAAACGGACGAUGUUAUCGGAGAAGAAUAUUUAGUAUCAUCCUCAUAUAUAUAUAUAUAUACCAAAGACAUAAUUGCUUUUUUGCAAUAUUUUCAACGCAGUGCACAGGUUUCACGUGCGAUCUCAGUGCUGUUGCCAGUCUCUUAUCUGCUUAUUAUAGCUAAAUAUAGCGGAUGCUCUAACCAGCGUUCAAAUAUGUACCAACGAUAUAUCAAUGUACGUUCACGACAGCGCUCGUAUGACUUGCAUCGAUUUUGAAGAACGAGCCGCGAAUCGUCUCUUUAUCGCGAUCUCAUCUCGGAAACAAGUGGCGCAGAUUUCGGUGAACACGUUUACGCGAAUGAUCGAAAUUUCUAUCUUUCUUUAUUAUUCGAACGAAUCGCGUCGAAGCGCGAUAUUCGUUUAAUUUCAAAUAAACUCGAUAAAUCUUAUCUCAAUUCCGACCAUCUUUCGAUAAUCGUACGCAACAUUGAACGAGGAACUCGUCUCUCGCUCGUGUUCCUUUUAUCGCUUCGAUUUUUUUUCCUUUUUUUUUUUUAUUAUUCGUUUAUUUAUUUACUUGCACGCUCCGAAAUAAUCCGUAUUUUCGGAAGAAUUGAAAUUUCCUUUUCGAAUUAGCGCGUGCAAAUUUGCCCGCGAAACGUGUAAAUUUUUCUCGAAAGAUCGAAGGAACAUCUGUGACGCAGAAAACAAGAGACGAUAAUAAGCCCGACUUCCGAGAAAUUCCGCGAUUUUAUUAUCUUCCGUUGUAUCUUCGAUCGCGAAAUAACAGGGAAAGCUCCGUUGCCCGAUUCUGUAUUCGUCUCUCGUUUGCUCGUUUUACCUAUAGUAAAAUAUUUAUCACGGUUUUUAUGCCUUUCAAUUUUUCUCUCGACUUUAACAACUGGUUUCGCGUUCGUAAAGAUACGUCUCUCGUUGAUUGAUUCGAGAUCGAUUCGAAAAAUCUUUGCAUAUUUCUUUGUUGGAAAUCCGUUUCAUCGGGUAAAAAAAUGAUGGUUUCCGCUGGAGCGCGAUACCGAUUACGCGAAAGCGAUACGGAUUUUAAGUAGAGCACAACCUCUAUUAACAGGACGAUCGAGGAACUGAAACGUCUUCAUCGAGGCGAAUAAAGCCGAUCGCCACGUUCCAAAAUAACGAUAGCACCUCGACCUCUGACCGAUUACGCCUCGCUCGACUCCACAAAGAUCCUCUAUUCUUUCCCCGCGUUACGUUUUCCCAAGCUUUUAUUCGCUUUAUCGCGAUUAGUUUCGUCUGUUUAAUUCUUCCCCUUACUAGCCUCCAAACCUGUGUACGCCCGACCCAAGAUUUUGCACGGAAAUUCUGACGAAAAGGUAAAAGAUGGCGAGAUCUGUACGUCGUUAUCGUACGCGUCGGGAGGAGAGCGAGACGACGAGGGUAUUUGAAAUGAAAGUUGAACGACAUCCGAUCGACUUUUCGAUCGACUGGAAAACAAAAUAAUCGGUCCAACGAUCUGAACGGCGAGACAUUCGUGAUAUAACGUAUCGACGUUAAAAAGCAACUUUUCGCACGGUUGCUACGGCCAACCGCGAAAUUCUACUUUGCAAAACUGGCACGUUCUACUUAAUCCGACGUAACGUCCGUCAUUGACGACGCGAUCUACUAUAAAUAGAUUUUAUCAUGAAUAAUCCUCUAGUGUCGCGCGCGCGAUCGUGUCGAGUUUACGAAUAAUAAAAUAUAUUCCUAUCCUCCUCUCUGAUUUCCCUUUUUCUCCCAUUUAUUUCCCCUUUCGAUCCAUUUUGCGCGAUAAAUAUCUAAAGUGUCUCUCAAGUGGCGAGCGUUUUCUUUUUUUUUUUUUUUUUUUCAAAAUUCGAAGUAAUUUCGUCGAUUACUGUCGAUCGCCGUUUCGAUUGUUCGAGUCGACUUUCUAGGAAAUCGGUUGGUCGACGAUGAUUAUCUAAUCUGCAUAAUUGCAGACGUCGAGAUCCGUGGAACGGAAUAAAAUGGGAAUAAAAUGAAACGGGUUUUAAUCGCGCGAUAGGAAUAGUAGGAUUUGCGAAAACUAAGAGAGAAAAAAGCGUGCGCCCGAAUUUAGAUUAGAAAAAAAAAAAAGCGAGUGAGUCGCGGCGCGUGAUGAAAUUUCUCGUUCGAUAAGAGGAUCUUUUUUAAUAAAAAUCAUAUGGCAAGAUGUGGUGGGGCGAGGAAAAAAUUGCGAUAAUCAAAUAUACGAGAGAUAAACGAGCGACUUUGGAGCGCGAACGAAGGAACGGUGAGAAGUAGCAGUGAGGAAAAAAAAAAAAAAAGAAGAGAAAAGUAGGAAAUGCAGCGCGGAGUAAGAGAGAAAACUGUCGUUCCCCCUCCCUCUGCGGCGUUUGGCGUCUCUCCCCCCUCCAGGACGUUGAUUGUUUCGCGGGUAAUGGCGAUUGGCGGCUGCGUUCGGUUUAGUCGCGUGCCGAGACGCCGUGGAACGAGAACGUUUCCGACGAGGUGGCCGGGUGGAAUGCGAACGACGACACGCAUUGGGACGAUCGUCGCGUGAUUUCGCCACUCGACGGUAUAUUGGUAUAUAGUAAUCCGUUUCGACCUUUCGAAACGAUCUUCGUUUCGCGCCUCUCGCUUUCGUUUCGAAACCCAAUUUUCCAACCGUGAUCCAAAUUGUGAAAUAAAAGUGUAAACGUGCAAACCAGCGCUACGUGCAUCGAGCGUGUUGAAAUCCGAAAUCGGUAACCGAUCGGUCUCGGUUUCAAGUUUAACGAGAAAUAUUAACGUGAAUAAGUCGAUAGGCGAGAGGAGCGUGCGUCGAAUCUAUUCGUCUGUCGAUACCUGGUCCAAUCUUGUCUCGCGAACGGACCGACUGGAACAAUGGUGCGAUCGCGUGACCACGGCACGUAAGCCGAAUCGAGAACCGGUAAUUCGUUUUCAUUACGGUGAGUGAGAAUCGUGUUUCGAGCGAUCGCCGGCCCUUCCUCCCUCCUCUCUCCGUCGAACCGUGAUAAAAGAUAUACGGUGAACUCGAUUAUGACCGACGUCGUUGUCCUUGACACGAUGUUAAUAUUAGUAGCUGGUCACCUUCCAAAUCGUUACCAAGUCUGCGAAUAUUUGUAAACUGUACAACGUUAUAGACGUUAAGCGAAAUUUAACGAGACUGGUGAAUCGACCACGUUGGCUAAAUCUUUGCGGAAUCGAGUGCGUGAUAUCCUUCUUUCUCUCUCUCUCGUUUUUACCGGUGAUUCGAAAUUACCUCGGAAAAACGAAGAUCAUAAUGGCACCCGCUGCCACGUUGGACUGGUCAGAACCGUGCCAACACUGGCGAUACCCAAAAUUCUGCCCAUCCGGACAGCAGAAGCAUGAAAGGGCGAAGAGCGCUAUGGAGUUGAGUAGCAAGGAGGCGAACUCCGCGUACAAAAAAUUCUACAAAUUCCUGCGCCGUCUGAAGAACAGGAGACAUAGAGAUGGCAACAAAGUUACAACCGUGGUGGCUACACCUGGUGCUGGUCCAGAUCGUCCCCAAGAGAUCUCCUAUACAGACACUAAAGUAAUCGGUAACGGCAGCUUCGGCGUUGUAUAUCUAGCGAAAUUAUGCGACACGGAAGAGCUGGUCGCCAUCAAGAAAGUUCUUCAAGAUAAACGAUUUAAGAACAGAGAAUUGCAAAUCAUGCGGCGCCUCGAGCAUUGUAACAUCGUGAAACUGAAAUAUUUCUUCUACUCUAGUGGUGAUAAGAAGGACGAGGUUUAUUUGAACCUAGUGCUGGAAUACAUACCUGAAACUGUGUAUAAAGUUGCUCGGCAUUAUAACAAGAGCAAGCAGACCAUACCGAUUAAUUUCAUUAAGCUGUAUAUGUAUCAAUUAUUCCGUUCUCUGGCGUAUAUCCACUCGCUGGGAAUCUGCCACAGGGAUAUCAAACCGCAAAAUCUUCUGCUCGACCCGGAAUCUGGCGUUCUUAAGCUCUGUGAUUUUGGUUCCGCCAAACAUCUGGUCAAAGGGGAGCCCAAUGUGUCUUACAUCUGUAGUCGUUACUAUCGCGCGCCCGAAUUGAUCUUUGGUGCUAUUGAUUAUACUACAAAAAUCGAUGUUUGGAGCGCAGGUUGUGUAGUGGCAGAAUUAUUGCUCGGCCAACCGAUAUUCCCAGGGGACAGUGGAGUGGAUCAAUUGGUCGAGAUCAUCAAGGUGCUCGGCACCCCGACGCGUGACCAGAUACGUGAGAUGAACCCCAAUUACACCGAGUUCAAAUUCCCACAAAUUAAGGCGCAUCCAUGGCAAAAGGUGUUCAGGGCACGUACGCCGCCGGAAGCGAUGGAAUUAGUGGCUGGUCUCCUGGAGUAUACGCCAUCCGGCCGAAUCACACCGUUGGAAGCGUGCGCUCAUCCUUUCUUCGAUGAACUUCGGGAGCAGGGUACGCGAUUACCAAAUGGCCGAGAACUUCCCCCUUUAUUUAACUUUACAGAAUACGAGCUGCGGAUUCAGCCAUCCUUAAACUCGAUCCUAAAGCCGAAGUACAUGCAGACUUCGGAGAAUGCUGGAGGCCAGUCGGAACCUGUCGCGGGUAGCAGUGGUAACGUUAGUGAUAAUAACGUGAACGCCACGUUAUCCACCUCAAAGAACACAGACCCCGGCCAAUCGAACAUGGCUUAAGCUACUUUUUAUUUCUAACGUUAAUUAAACAACAAACGAGAAAGACACAAAGAGAAAGAGAGAGACGGAAAAACCGAAAGAAUUCACGUGUUAGAAACUAGCCUUAACAGAAAACGAAAAAAAAGAAAAAAGUUCAAGUAGAUCAAGAUAGAAGAACGAACGAAUGAAAGGAAUAUUGAUAUUCUUUUGAGGAGGAUGUCCAUAAGCAACAUAACAUACACGAUGCAUACACAGUCCCUUAAUUGUAAAUUUUUUCAACUUUAUGCGAAUGGCGAUACCGUCUGGUAUUUUGAGCUUUGUUUGCUUGAAACACGAAUGACGAAAAUAUCAUUAUAGAAUUAUUAAAAUAUAGUUCCCCUGUUUGUAACGGGUUCGCCUGGGGAUACCCCAAAUUUCGAGUGGCGUGUGCGAGUGCUUGAUUGCCACGUUAUUGCCAAAAAUAACAACUACAACAACAACAACAACAACAACAAAAUAUUGAAUUUAAUAUGUAUAUAUAUUAUAGGAACUGGCCCGUAACCACUAACUUUAAACGAUAAUUGCUAUAAACAAUGAAAGAAAGAGACAAAACGACAAAAAAAAAUGAACGCGAAUUUUUUCUAGCUGAGAAGAAAACAAACGAUAUGUACCAUCAUACAUUGUGUCUUGUAGUAUUCACGUCGCUUGUGUCGUCGAUCAUUUUAUCAUUCACGGAACAUACAAAUACACGUACAUACAAAUACACGCAUUCAUAGCUAUUAUAUUAAAGAGAUAAAUAAGAGUUAUUUGCUUUUUGACACUUAUAUCGAUGACUUUUAAAGAUUUACAGAGGAGUAAGAAAAUCGCUAGGCUUUCGCGAAGAACGAGAGUAAGAAAAGUUGCAAGUUCCCUCCAAAAUGUAUGAGACGAACGAACCGGCGAAAAGGGAAUGACGAACAUUCCGAUAAUUAUAAUUGUAUAAUGUAUAAAAAUUCGUGAAACAUUUAGGAACAUUAUUUUUUAUUGCGUUCAAAAUUCGAGCGUUGAUCGAUAUUUUCGCGAACAAGAGAAAAAUUUCACGUGGAAAAUUCAUGAUUGAACACUCACGCUCACACACACACGUACACACACACACACACGCACACACACAACGCAUUACAACACAUAACAAGAAUAAUUUGCGUGCACAAUCUCUAUCUUAUCGACUUAAGACUAUGUUUCCGACGAUGAGAUAUGUUGCGUACAUCGAUACGAUUAGUAGAGAAGAAGGAGAAGAAGAAGAAGAAAAAGAAGAAGAAGAAAAAAGGAAAUAUGUAUCCGAUGAUCUUGGACGAGACACAAAAGAAAAUUUCCAUUAUUGGGACACGACACGUGAAACACUCUCGUAUUACGUACACACUCGUUCGUGCCUAUUCAGUCAGCCAUGCCUGGACGAUUCGAAUCGCUAUCCUCUAUUUAAUGAAAUGAACGCUAAUUAACUCGAGUACUUUAUUCGUUACGUAUUUAAUUGUCACACGAUUAUCGUUGUAUAUUCUUUAACGGACACUCGGCUACAACCGAGCGAUAUUUUUCAUCCUACGCGACGAAACUCUACAGAGUGCGAUUUUCUUUUUUAAAACUGUCACAAUUUAUUUUUCUUGUGUCAACAGGAUUUUAGAAAUGUUUGUAACGUUUCUUUUUCAUUUCUGUAUCAGCAUGCGAAGAACAGACAGUAGUAAGUACAGACUUAUAAGCGAAUUAUAUAGAUUAUUCUUUCGUACGCAUCACCAUGCAUAUUUUAUAUGUUCUCGAAAGAAACGACGUUGUCGGAUAGAGUGACUUCUGACUUUCCUGAUCGAGAUGUCGAAGAUCAAGAUGGUCGCUUCGUUAAUUGAUUGUCUUGCAGAAUUAUGCGGCGAAAUAACUAGUAGAAGUGUACAAAGAGUUUUGUAUAUUUCGCACGAUGAAUUUCGAUUUUUUUAAAUGAUGAAAAAACGACCUCUAUGCAAUUGGAUCUUUCGGAGCAUGUUGCGCGUGAGUUAGCCGCCAUUUUACACGUUUCUACAUAUCAUAUCGCGUCUCAAGAAACUACAAAAAAAAAAAAAAAAAAAAAAGGAGGCUAUCGAUAAAAGUCAAUACCGAAUGAUUUAUUUCAGUUCCCUUCUUUUUUAGAGAAAGGAGAAAAGGACUCGAUUGAGAAAAUGGGAAAAAUGAGGGAGAAAGAACAAAAUGGAAGACAGAUGAUAGAUCAAUAACAGAAAAAGUGAAAGGGAGUGUGACGGAAGGGGGGACAGAAUGAAAGUAGUAAGUGAGCGAAAAUGAGAGAGAAAGAGAUGUGCUAAGAUAUUUUGCUUCAAAAUUUUUUAUCCGCGUUGAUACGAUGUAAAUUACGAUACGUUUUUAAAUUACGAUUAACACGAACAAUUUUUUUUCUUUUCUUCAGUUAUUUAAAUUGUAAUUCAUUGCUUCUCAUUGCUGUAUGAACGAUCGGAUAAAUUUAUCCAACUCUUUCGUUUCCUAAUCCGAACACGCAAAACGGAAUACAUUUUUAAUACCGAAGAAAACUAAUCUUUAUGUUUUGACAAUCGUACAAUGAUAUUUUCCCUUAUCGCUAUUAUUUAAAACAAAAAAGAAACGAAUCUGAUUAUUCGUCGAGAUAUACAUCGAUCAUGGAAUUUUUAUCGAUAAUAUGGUAUUUUUCCGACAUUUCUUUAAGCAUAAGUCAAUAAUUUUAUCGAUGUAAAAAUAUUGAUCAUCUUUUUAUUCGCUAGAAUUAUAGAAUUAUAGAAUUUAGAAUUAUAUAAUAAUUUAUUUCUUUCGAUUUCUAUCAAUUUUGGUCUUUGUCGAAAAGAGAGAAAAAAAGAAAAAAAAAAAAAGAAAAAUUCGUUAGAAAAAGAAAAAUUACUUAUUAAAACUUUAACGUAUCAUUAUUUAAACUUCUGCUUAAUGAAACCAUCUUGUCUUUCAUUUGCCGUGAUACAUCCGGCAAGUUCUAAGCAUAUCCUGUGAAAUUAUUGAUAUGCUUGAACAAUACGUAGUAAGAUUGAUGUAUUUAAAUUCCCUUUGUCAAUUGACAUCUUGGAAAUGAGAGAGAAAGAGAGAAAGAGAGGGAGAGAGAGAGAGAGAGAGAAUUGGAAGUAUUUGACGAGUGUUCGAAAAAUCUGAGAAAAGGGAAAUUAUUAUUUUUAAAUUUUAGACGGACGAAAGAAUAAUGAUUAGCAGCCGCAAAAAGCAACACAAAUUAUGUUAUAUGGGGAAGAAGGGGAGAAGAAGGGAUAAAAACAAAUACGAAGAAAUCUUGCACUUCUUAAAGAGUAAAUUGUUGGUUAAUUGUCGAGAUUAUUCUAUUAAUAAAGAAAAAUUUAUAUCGAUUUAGUUCUAAUUCAAUCUUUCUUUUGUUUUGUAAUUUUGCGUACUUUGAAUAUCAUUUCAGCGUGAACUUGAAAGAAAAUUAAGUUAUAUAGUCUAAAAAAAAAAAAGAAAAAAAGAAAAAAAAAAGAAAAAAAAACAA